CUUGCGGCUUUGCUGUCUUGGCCGCCCUGCCUCCUGCUCCUGGCCCUCCUUGCCCCACCUCGCCUGCUCCCCCUGGCCAAGGCCUGCCCUCCCCUCUGGGCAGGGGCUCGGUGGAGCUAGACAGGUUUUGUGGAAUGGUUAACCUGGGGCAAUUCCACCCUGAGCCAAUCACCUGAGCCCAGCCUCAGCAGCACCAGCAACAGCAGCAGCAGCAGCUGGAGACCUCAGCGCCCAGGCACCUGUUCCAAACUUCCCAGGGCCGAGAAGACGAAGACACCUGUGGCAGCAGCCUUGGCAGCCGAGCCCUCCUGCCCAGCCAUGAGUCUCACCCGGGUGGCCCUGGUGCUCCUCUGCCUCCUAGGGGCCGCCCUGCCGGAGCCCCCCCAAGAGCCAGCUGUGCAGGAGCUCUGGGCUGUCCUGUCUGAUAGCCAGGAAGGCGCCCUGCCCCGUCGCUCGGUGGAUGCCCUGUUAAAUAUUGCAAGGUCCCGGGUGCAGUGCUCGGCCGUGCCGUGUGAAAAGUGCCUCUCGCCCACAAACGUCUUUGAACUGGUAGGGAAGACCACGUCUGGAGAGGUCAACCUCACCUCCCCGGAGCUGCUGACCUUCUCGGCAGGGCUGGUGGUCUACUUCUCGGAUCCCGUGGCCGCCUGCACGGCGAUGACCAAGAAACACUGGGUGUCUGAGGUCCGUGGUUUCCAAAGCAAAUUCUUCGAUGGGAACCCAGCGGCCAGACCCACCUCGGAGAAAGUCGCCCGGCAGAUGCUUGUAAUCCAGAGGAAUGCCAAGUCCGUCAAAAAAGAGGAGCCCUGUGCAGAAGUGGGCCAGAUCCUUAAAAGCAGCACCUCCGUUUCCCACCACGUGGCAUCCAAUCCAGCCGGGAAAAUGUUGGCGUUCUUGUCCUACCACGUCUUACGAGGCGGCUGCUUCCAUGCUCUCCCUCACCAACACUACUUUUUGGAUUACAUUUUCCAACACUACAGCAACGGGAGUCACAACCUCACUCUGGCAGGACUGACCAAACUAAUGGUACAGCUGGAGGUGGGUCCUGGGAGAAAACAUGGCCAUGAGCAUGAUGGACAUGACCACAGCAACCAUGGACAUGAUGGACAUGACCACAGCGACCAUGGACAUGACCACAGCGACCAUGGACAUGAUGGACAUGACCACAGCGACCAUGGACAUGAUGGACAUGACCACAGCGACCAUGGACAUGAUGGACACACGCACGAUGAGCAUGACCAUGAUCAUGGAAAUGCCACACACAGUCACCCAGAUGGCCAUGAUCAUGGAGACCACGAAGAUCACUCAGACCAUCAUCACGGCAAUGAAACAGUCCAUCACCACGGCAAUGAAACAGGCCAUCAUCACGGCAAUGAAACAGGCCAUCACCACGAUGAUGAAACAAGCCAUCACCACAGCGAUGAAACAGGCCAUCACCACGGUGAUGAAACAGGCCAUCAUCAUGAUGAUGAAACAGGCCAUCACCACGGCAAUGAAACAGGCCAUCAUCACGGCAAUGAAACAGGCCAUCAUCACGGCAAUGAAACAGGCCAUCAUCACGGCAAUGAAACAGGCCAUCACCACGGCGAUGAAACAGGCCAUCACCAUGAUGAUGAAACAGGCCAUCACCAUGGCAAUGAAACAGGCCAUCACCACAGUGAUGAAACAGAUCACCACCACAUGGAGCGCCAUGGAAACAGAAGUGAAAGUUCUCCAGUGCGCUCAAAACGAAGUCCUGCUGCCUUGGAAGAACAAGACGCCCACCAGAACAUCUGGGACACGGUCUGCCUCAGCCCCAGUGACAUCUUCAAGAUUUAUGAGCUUGACGAUGCCUCCGGAAUCAGCCGCCCAGACUUCACCCGUCUGAGCCCAGCUCUGGUGCAGCAGAAGCUCAGCCAGGCCUGCACGGCCCCUCGGAAGGUUCCAGAAAACGGGCGCCUCACCACGGCCGAGAAGUACAUCUAUGGCACGCUGGCCACGCUGGUGGUGUGUUUGUGCGCCCUUUUCGGCAUCGUGGUUCUGCUCUGCACGGCUUGCAUCAGCGCCUACCAAUACGUCAUCCAGACCUUCGUCAGCCUGGCCGUGGGAUCGCUCACCGGGGACGCCAUGCUGCACCUCAUCCCCAAGUUCCUGGGCCUCCAUUCUCACUCCCACGGAGGGGACGAUGCCCACGUCCACCAAGAAGGUGAGGACAAGCUCUGGAAGCUCCUGGCCGUCCUAGGGGGUCUCUACCUCUUUUUCCUGCUGGAGAAGUUCUUCAUUCUCCUGGGACAUUCGCACAGCGAGGACUCCUCUGAAUCCAGCAAGGGCCACCAGUGCGAUAAUGGACUCUCCCUGCAGCUGUACCAGGACGAGAUGAAGAGGAGGAAGCAAGAGAAGGGGGCUUCCAACGCUGACCUGGUCUCGGUGGAAGACACCGACUUUGGCCGGCCAGUGCCGAAGACGGAGCUCAGCCGGGAGCUGCGGAUGCUGCCCUACAUGAUCACCAUUGGGGACGCCAUCCAUAACUUCGCCGAUGGCCUGGCCAUGGGCGCCGCCUUCUCCGCCUCCUGGAAGACCGGCCUGGCCACCUCCCUGGCCGUCCUCUGCCACGAACUGCCCCACGAGCUAGGAGACUUCGCCGCUCUGCUCCACGCAGGGCUGAGUGUCAAGUGGGCUCUGCUGCUCAACUUCAUCAGCGCCUUGACCGCCUUCCUGGGCCUCUACAUCGCCCUUUCGGUCAGCACGGGGGAGGAAUUCGAGGCCUGGGUCUUCACGGUGGCCACGGGCCUCUUCCUCUACGUGGCCUUGUGCGACAUGCUUCCCGCCCUGAUGAACGUGAAGGACAAACGACCCUGGUUGCUGUUUGGCUUGCAAAACCUGGGGCUCCUGGCCGGCUGGGCCAUCCUCCUGCUCCUCUCCAUUUUCGAGGACCACAUCACCAUUUAACCACAACGCUCCUGCGGAAUGCCCAGAAUGGAGUUGCCAUCACUGAUCUAUACCAUUUCAGACAAAAAUAAUAAAGGACGUGCGUUCAUCCUUUCUUCGCGAACAUCACCAGGGCCAGGGAUUAAAGAGAGAGGCUGAAUUACCAACCCAGUUCAGAAGUAUACAAAGUUCAUUGAGUGACCGUUACAAACUACGACGGCCCUGAUAAAAGGAACUUAUGACCAUUUUUCACACUUAUGACCCUGGCAGCAUCCCCCCCCCCGCGGUCCCGUGAUCAAAACUCAGACCCUUGGCAACUGGCAUAGAUUUAGGAUCAUUUUUCACACGUAUGACUAUUGCGGUAUCCCCAAGGUCAUGAGACUAGACGACUGACUCGUAUCUAUGACGGUCGCAGUGUCCCAGAGGGGUCACGUGAUCCCCUUUUGCGACCUUCCGGCACGCAAAGUCAAUGGGGGGGAAGCCGGGAUUCGCUUAACGACCGUGUGACUUACUUAAGAACUGCAGCGAUUCGCUUAACAAGGAAGUCGUAAAACGGGAUAAAACUCACUUACCCACUGUUUUGUCAGCAGUGGGAAUUUUGGGCUCCAUUGUGGUCGUAAGCCGAAGACCACCUAGAUACGGUCCAAUUUGGAAUGGGGAGGACGUUGGGGGAGGGCGUUGUGGGUAUUCAGUGGUAGGAAAACACACACUCCAGUAUUGUAUCACACAAACACUACUUUAGUGGUAUUGGGGAAAAAAAAUGACUGCAAGGUCUCAAGCCCUGGGCAGAUGGUGGGCUGUGGACUUACACAUCUGUUGUAACUUUUACCGCAUCGUGUCUCAUCGUUGCUAAAUAAAACCCAUGGAUUCUAACAUUUCA